UGUCGUGAGCACACUGGGCACGCGCGGCUUGUCGUUGCUGCCGUUGGUGUCCUACCAGCAUCUGUUCCUCCUUUGGUAUUAAAAAUAGCCCGGUGCUGAUAACAGACUUAUGUUUCGGCUUCAUCACUUGCCGUCAGGAAUUAUUUGUGCGCUACUUUGAUUUUAAUCAACGAGCCGUGACCGUGGAAGCGCAAAUGCGCAUCGGUCUGCGCAUCUCUGAAUCUUUGGAACCUCACUGUGGACAAUCUCCCUGACAUCCGAAGACCUCUCCUCCGCAAUCCGAAGAGGCUUCUUCGCUGCCUAUGGCCGCAGAUCGGCUUCCCUGAGCCGCUGGCCUCGACCCGGACUUUUUAGCCGCUGCUGCCCUCAAAGAGUCUUUGAAUCGGGGAGACAUUUGUUCGGACUUUUUUUUCCUUUUUUUUUUUUUUCUUUUCUUUUUUUUUCAAUCAUUGUCGGUUAAUGGUUUUUAAACAACCCGGUGCUAUGCUGGGCCCGUCUUUCUAGACCUUGUGAUCAAUAGCUUACACGAUCUCUCCUCCCACAUUCGUCCGACCGAGACCCUGGUCCUCUUAUCGAGCCCCGACGAUGCAUCCUAACGCAGUGAUGCUGGCGGUGGUCCUUUUGGGGAACUUGAUGCUGCCAUUCAUAUCGGCUCAGAACGCUGGGUUUGUGAAAUCGCCACUCUCUGAGACUAAGCUUACGGGGGACACCUUUGAGCUGUACUGCGAAGUGGUCGGUAACCCAACUCCAGAGAUCCAGUGGUGGUAUGCUGAGGUCAACCGAGCCGACUCCUUCAAGCAGCUGUGGGACGGAGCCCGCAAGCGUCGGGUGUCCAUCAACACGGCCUACGGCACCAAUGGGGUCAGUGUGCUCGGGAUCACACGCCUCACACUGGAGGACUCUGGGACCUAUGAGUGCCGGGCAAGCAACGACCCUAGGCGCAAUGACCUCCGACAAAACCCUGCCAUCACCUGGAUCCGCGCCCAGGCCACCAUUUCAGUGCUACAGAAACCAAAGAUCAAUGCAUCUGAUCAUACCAUCCUGUCACCGGACACCUCUAGCAAACCAGUUACCCUGAAGUGUAACCUCACAACUGCCCACACACCACACAAGGAAAGCUUUUGGAUGAAGAAUGGACGUGAGAUCCCUAAUACACGAAUAGAGCGGAAGACCACUGACUACAGAAUCAAUAAACCACGGGCAGAUGACUCUGGGGAAUACAUGUGUGUUUAUACAUUUGACAUGGCACCGAAUGCAAAUGCCACAAUUGAAGUAAAAGCAAAACCUGACAUCAUUGGCCACAAACGAAGUGAAAAUAAAAACGAGGGGGAAAAUGCAACGCUUUACUGCAGGUCUGUCGGCUACCCACAUCCCACUUGGACAUGGCGAAAAGUGGAUGGAACAUCUUACAAGGAUAUUGAUAAUUCCACUGGACGUUUCUUCAUUACAAACAGAGACAACUACACAGAGCUCAACAUACUAAACCUGGAUAUAAACGCAGAUCCUGGAAUAUACGAAUGCAAUGCCACUAAUGUCAUUGGAAACACUACUGAGACCACUAUACUACGAGUGCGCAGCCAUCUUGCACCACUUUGGCCUUUCCUGGGAGUACUGGCAGAAAUUAUUAUCCUAGUAGUCAUCAUCGUUGUGUAUGAGAAACGAAAGAGGCCAGAUGACAUCAUUGACGAUGAUGAGCCAGUUGGACCCAUGAAGACAAAUUCAACAAACAACCACAAGGACAAAAACAUUCGCCAGAGGAAUACAAAAUAAGCAAUUUACUCAAAUGAGAAGGCUAAACUGCGUUUUUUGACUACAUGAAAGUAUCAGAGGUUGAUAGAGCUCCAGGCAGUUUUGAGAGAAAAAAAAGCAUAUCCUGUCUCAUUUUAUGAGAAACAAUAACAGCAUAACACUGGCAACAAAAAGAACAUAAUGGCUGUCUUAAGCAUGCCUUAUUCAGUCUUACGUGGAGAUUUCAGGAUGACGAAUAAUGACUAAACCACCAUGAAUCGAAAGUGUACACAUUUUCAAUGUGCUGUUGAUGUCUUCUUUAAUAAUUUUAUCAUGUCCUCAAAUGAGGUGAUCCCUUUUGUAUUACAUAUCAUGUACAAUGCAUGCAAGAUAAUUACGCAAUAGGAUACUCAGAAUAGACAUUUUCUGUUGUUAUCCCUGGUGUGGCUUUUUUUGCAUCCAAAAUUACCUAUGUUUUUUAUGGAGUCAUCCUUGUGUAUAUAUACAUAUAUAUAUAUACAUAUAUAUAUAUAUAUAUGUAUAUAUAUAUAUAGUUUUUAUCGUUAAAACUUUGUACAGCAUAUCAUUGUCAUUUAACUAUUUGAUUUGUGACAAGAAGUCUACUUUUAAGAGAAAUUUUAUUGUGAAGCAAGGGCUUCAAUGACUGGCAGUAUUUAAAUUUAAUUGAGUGCUUACAGAAAAUGACUACUGUGUGUUUAACUAUCUGAAAAAGGAUAUGUGUAUUAUUUAUAUUUUCUUUCCAGAGUAACUUAGGUGUCUUGUAUAUGUUGAAGUAUGAGUGUUUAAAUGAUAGGAAAUCUGUAAAAAAUAUUUUUUUUAUAUCUCCCGAUUUCUUUAAUUGAUUUUUAUUUUCUAUUUUUCUCUCUUUAACUGUAUAGCAUGGCUAUAAUCCUAUGCAAUAUGUAUUCUUAAAUAGAUAUAUGGAGGGCAGUUUGUUUUACUCAGUGAAGCUUUAAUAUUGUGGGAUCACUUGGAAGCUGGCAUAGCAAAAUUCACUGCUGUAGCUGCAUGACUCCUCUUUCAAUAAAAUGUAUCCAUGUGUGUUGCGGUGGAAAUGGACCUGAAUUAAGUUUAGGAACAGAGGGACCAGAGUAUAUAGCCACGAUCAAACAUAUGAGUGAGACCAAUAUUUUUUUUCUGAAUAAAAAAUCUGAAAACUC